AGUUCAGAAUUUCCUACGAAUGAAAAACUUCUUGAAGCUGCUUUGUGGUUUGGACGUGCACUGUUAUCUGGCCUGUUCAGUGUGCUGCCAUGCAAUGGUCCUUGUUACCCCCAAAGUGGCAGCGUCUCUAAGCAACCAGGAAAGUGAAGGCUAAACUGAGGAUUUAUAAACACCGGUAUCACUGUGAUUUGUUCGGUAGGAGAAUUCUGAUCAUCUCUAAAGCCAGUGGACAAAAGUUUCUCAUCAAACUGCUCUGUAACCUGUCAGGGGAAGCACAGGACAAGAAGCGGGACAGGAGAGACGGGGGGGGGGGACCCCGGUUCGGGCGUGUGCACGCGGCCGGACUCACGAGGGCAAUGCUGCCGCCAGAGACGCUCGCCAUCGGCACGGUGGUGGUUGAUGCAGUGUCCGAAGCCACUACCCUGCAAAUUCUUCCUCCUCCUCUUCUUCUUCUUCUUCUCCUUCUUCUGCUGGUGCUGCUCAUCACCGCCUGGAGCCGAUCAAACCGGUCGCACAUACCAGGUCCUCCUUUCUUGGCCGGACUCGGUCCUAUUCUCACCUACACCAGGUUCAUCUGGACUGGGAUCGGAACAGCGAGCAACUACUACAACAACAAAUACGGCAGCAUUGUGCGGGUGUGGAUUAACGGCGAGGAGACCCUCAUUUUGAGCAGGUCUUCAGUAGUGUAUCAUGUUUUGAGAAGCGCCCACUACACGGCUAGAUUUGGGAGCAAAAAAGGGCUGCAGUGUAUUGGGAUGGAGGGGAGGGGUAUCAUUUUCAACAAUGAUGUCACACUCUGGAAAAAAGUGAGGACAUACUUUUCUAAAGCCCUGACAGGCCCUGGCCUCCGGAGGACAGUGGCGAUCUGUGAGAGCUCCACUGCCAAACACCUGGACAGCCUGGAGGAGAUGACCGACUCCUCCGGACAUCUGGAUGCUCUCAAUCUGCUGAGAGCCAUAGUGGUGGACAUUUCCAACAGGCUUUUUCUCAGGGUGCCUCUCAAUGAGAAGGACUUGCUGAAGAAAAUCCACAACUACUUUGAGACCUGGCAAACAGUUCUGAUAAAGCCUGAUAUAUUCUUCAGGAUUGGAUGGCUGUACAACAAGCAUAAGAGAGCAGCCCAAGAGCUGCAGGAUGCGAUGGAGAGCCUUCUUGAAAUUAAAAGACAAAUUAUUAAUGAAUCUGAGAAGUUGGAUGAUGAUGUUGACUUUGCAACGGAGCUCAUCUUUGCACAGAACCACGGAGAGCUUUCAGCCGAUAACGUCCGACAGUGCGUGCUAGAGAUGGUGAUUGCAGCCCCUGACACGCUUUCCAUCAGCCUCUUCUUCAUGCUAAUGCUGCUGAAACAAAACCCAGACGUAGAGCUGAGGAUUGUGGAGGAGAUGGACAGUGUCUUGAGUAAGUUCUGUAUUAAUCGCAGCUUCACUCCACAACAGCUAAAUAUUAAACUAUUCCAACAAUCUACGAGUGCUGCACUUUCACCUCCAGGUGAAAACGGUGCUGACAACAUUCAUUAUCAAAGCUUGAACGUGCUGGAGAAUUUCAUCAAUGAGUCUUUGAGGUUUCAUCCUGUGGUUGAUUUCACAAUGCGGAAAGCUCUGGAAGAUGACAGCAUCGAAGGCACUAAAAUCAGGAAAGGAACCAACAUCAUUCUCAACAUUGGCCUUAUGCAUAAGACUGAGUACUUCCCCAAACCAAAGGAGUUCAGCCUGAUGAACUUCGAAAAAACAGUGCCCAGUCGUUUCUUCCAGCCCUUCGGCUGCGGGCCUCGUUCCUGCGUGGGCAAACACAUCGCCAUGGUGAUGAUGAAGGCCAUCCUGGUCACUCUGCUGUCUCGUUACACAGUGUGUCCUCGUCAGGGCUGCACCCUCGACAGCUUGAGGCAGACCAACAACCUGUCGCAGCAGCCUGUGGGGGACCAGCACAGCCUGACCAUGCGCUUCAUCCCUCGAGCCACACAACCUCGCCACCGUCAGCUCUGAAACACAGUGACGCUGUUACAUUUUGGAUGAAAACUAUAGUUUUGUUUCUGCUGAAGUCUGUAGCUGCUAAAAUGAAGGAGUCCGGCCUGCUGAGCUUUUAAUACUCUCUUACACUCCGGUCCUCCAGCUUAUCACAAUCCUAUAUAUUUUUUCUAUAUAGAUAGAAAACAGUAAAUUUGUGUGUCACAGCAGCUGUUUUGCCUACUCUGACUUAACUGAGCUUGAAGAGAUAGUUUGAGGUUUCUGCCCCCCGCACAGCAAUGCAGGAAUGACACCAUAUGAAAAACCAGAGUCAACAUGAUUCCAGUUUUUGUUUUGCUGUCUUGGGGUCGAAAAAAUAAAUACCAUGAAAGAAACACCAGAAAUAAUUAAUAUGGUGAAGUAACAGUAUGGUCUAGUGAGUAGCGUUGGUACACAUCAUGUUACAAUUUCAGCAUAUACUCAAACAUAUAAAUUAUUAGGAAACAUUAACAACAUUAACAUUAAGAUGAUUCACUGUAUACUGAUGAGCUGAGUCCAGUUAUAACCAAUUUUCGUUUAUUAUCCGUUAUUCACUGUAUUUGUCAUGUCAACUCUGUACAAUUGAAGUAGAUGUGUUUAAGAAACAAACAUUUUUCUUCUUAGACAAUGAAAAAUGCAUAUGGAGAGAUGGGCUUUGUUAAUGGGACACAAAUUCAGUAGAGGUACAACAUUAUUAAUACUUUUUACAUUUGAAAAUGUUUUUUACAUUUCGUACUUGAAUACUUGAAAUAAUUGUUCCCAUGUUACAAAUAUCAAAUAUAGACCAGUAUGAGAGGAAAGCGCAUCAGAAAAUAUUAAUACUUUCAUAAUAUCCCUCUUUGCUUCAAGCUAAUUUACAUGUCGAAUUUAUUCAGAAUUUAGGAGAAUGCACUGACAGGCACUCUAAGAAACAGUGAUUUUUCUCUGUACCACAGGCACAAAUCAAACACGCCAGUUUGGCGUUAGGACAUAAGGCGUUGGGUUAAAGUAGAGUUUCAGUCGUUAGAUCUGCACGCAAGCAAAAAAAAAGAAAAAAAAAAAAGAAAAAAGGUAAACUUUCCCUGGCACAGCGCAAUCAAAACAGUACAUGAAGCACAAUGAUUUUUUUCUUUGAUUGAAAUUAAUAAAAUAUUUUCUGUAAGAAUAUAAAUCCAAUAAAUAUGUUUUCAAUACUGCAUUGAUACAAAAAUAUAAUAAUCAAAAACCACUAAAGUUCUACUCUCACUGAAACAGACACACCACAAACAUGCGUGCAGAGACAAACAUACCACACAGAAGGCAGCUUCUGCAAAACGUCAGCAUAAUGAUAAAUGGACAAUAUGGACAUCGCAGAGUGAGAGCCUCACUGCUAUAUUUAAGACAAGAUUAAUGUCAGCAUAAUGUCAUUUUUUUAGACAAACAUGGAUGUAAACCUCUUUUUGCUCCUUGAAAAAAAAACAAAAAAAACCAACUGUAAAUAUCAGUUUUCUUAACUGACAGGAAGAGUAUUUUAAAUUCUCCUGCAAUAGUUUCUCCAAGUCCAUACCACAAAUUCUGAACAAUUCAUUUUGUACUCGUAAAAGAGAUCAAUAUCUUCCCAGUGUUUCUCCCAAAACACUUAAUAAAUAACAUCAGUUAAUCCAAUUCAAGGAUUGGUGUUAUUCCUUCCAUUUGAAUUAGUAUUACUUCAAUCAGUAUCGAUGAACAUGAAAAGAACCAAAAAGCUCAGUUAAUAACAGCAGUGAAUUGUUUUAAGAUACAAAAUGAAAAAUUAAGCCCAAUCUUUAUGUCUUUGUCUUAUUUAAAUUCUAACGGGCUUCACUGUCAUGAUAUCUCUCUUACUAUAUACCCGAGGCACAGAAACAACGUCAUGAUUUUUCCCUUAUACCGAGAAUAUCGUACUUAGUAUUCAUUUCACUCACAAACAAACAAUGUUUUAACCAUUAAAGUUUUCAAGUCA